CAAGGUUGCGCCUCUGAUUGUGUCAUGCAACGGGGCAUUUGCUCUCAAAACAAGCCCAAUAAAGGUCUUUCAAGCUUUCUUCUCUAUUUCUCCACAAGAAGCUGAAGAACCUUGGCAAAUAAAAUGGACUACAUGAGUGCCUUGGAGGUGUAUAAGGAGAUUUUACUGCUCUACAUAGAGGAGGCGAGGCGCUAUGUAAACUCUCAGUGUGAUGGUCUGGAGCCAUGGCAGAUCAUUGUGACCACUUUGCUGUCCACCCUCAGUGCAGUGUGGCUAAAAGGCUUCCUUUUCCAACAGGAGAGCCUGCUGUCAAGAGUAAAGAAGCAGUUCUUCAAAAUGAUCAGAAAAAUCCCAUUUGUCAGAGCAACAAUUCAGAGUCAGCUCAACAAAGCAUUGGAUGACAUGUCAGUGAGUCUCUGUACACUGAAGGAAGGCAUGAGCUACACAAAACAACUUCCAACACAGGGCCUCACCCACAAUCAACUCCUUGACAAGAUCAGAGAGUAUGAGACACUGAGUGAAGUAGACUGGGCUAAAGGCAAGGUGUCAGGUGCAGUCUACUGGGGAGAUGAGAAGCUCACAGAUCUACUGGUGAAGGUGUAUGGUGAAUUUGCCUGGACCAACCCGCUCCAUCCAGACAUUUUCCCUGGGGUUAGAAAAAUGGAGGCAGAAGUGGUGCGGAUGUCGUGUGCUCUCUUUAAUGGAGGAACAAACUCCUGCGGCACAGUUACUUCAGGUGGAACCGAAAGCAUCCUCAUGGCAUGCAAGGCAUACAGAGACAUGGCCCACGAGCGUGGGAUCAAACAUCCAGAGAUCAUUGCACCAGUAAGUGUCCAUGCAGCGUUUGACAAAGCAGCACAUUAUUUUGGGAUGAAGCUCAUUCACAUACCUCUGGACAAGAUGACCAUGAAAGUCGAUGUGAAAGCCAUGAGAAGGGCCAUCUCUAAGAACACAGCAAUGCUGGUGUGUUCAGCUCCUCAGUUUCCUCACGGAAUUAUGGACCCUGUGGCAGAAGUCGCGAAGCUGGCAGUAAAAUACAACAUCCCUUUCCAUGUGGAUGCAUGUUUGGGUGGGUUCCUAAUUGUUUUUAUGCAAAAGGCUGGUUACAAACUCGAUCCAUUUGAUUUCCGGGUUAAAGGUGUGACCAGUAUCUCAGCUGAUACACACAAGUAUGGUUAUGCCCCUAAAGGCUCCUCAGUGGUGCUCUACAGUGACAGGAAAUAUCGCCACUAUCAGUAUUUCGUAGCACCCGAUUGGCAGGGAGGAAUUUACGCGUCUCCAUCCAUGGCUGGCUCUCGCCCUGGGGGUAUCAUUGCUGCCUGUUGGGCUACUAUGAUGUACAUGGGUGAGAACGGAUACGUAAAGGCCACCAAGAAAAUCAUUGAGACAGCCCGCAAAAUCAAAACGGGAAUCUGUAAAGUGGAGGGGGUUUUUGUGUUUGGAGAUCCAGAGGUGGCCGUGGUGGCACUAGGCUCCAAUGUCUUUGAUAUCUUCCGCUUAUCCAAUGCACUGACGUCAAAGGGCUGGAAUCUCAACACACUGCAGUUUCCAUCUAGCAUACAUAUUUGUGUAACAAUGCUGCACACACAGCCUGGUGUAGCUGAACAGUUUGUGAAUGAUGUAAAGAAAGAAGUAGCUAAUAUCAUGAAGAAUCCAAAUGAGAAGACCACGGGAAUGGGAGCCAUCUAUGGCAUGGCCCAGUCUAUUCCUGACCGGUCGAUGGUUACCGAAGUCUCACAAGGCUUUUUGGACUGCCUCUAUAGCACUGAGGUGCCCAAGAUGCAAAGCAAGCACCAUAAAAACCAUAAGAACCACAUGAAUGGCAACUCCAAAGUGCACUGAGAUGGACUGUCAGGGUCUCCACCCUAAGCUGGCUGAAGGGAUGCACACCACAAUCAUCUAAUCAUACAUUUACUUGUUUGUCCUUCAUUCACUCAUCUAUUUACAACUAACAAAUUUGUGUAUAAGCCAUAGUCACCUGAUAUUUUGGCAUUUGUGUCUGAGGACCAUCAGUAUCCUUUCUAUAGUACUAACAACUUUAAAGGGAGCUGCACAAGUAUAUUUGGGUCAUUUUAGUCUAAUUUUGGUGACCAAGUGCAUUUUUACUGUUGUUUAAUAUCUUCAAUUUCUCAUAAAAAAUUUUAUGCAAAACAUUACCACGAUGAUUUUAUAUCUGAUACAUAUAUUUUUUUUGUUUUUUCCUCAAAAACUAAAUUGAUCGUUUCCAGGAAUUAAGAAUUACAGGUUUAUAUCAAAAUAAUACUGACAUAGAUUAAAGCCAGUAUUCCCAAUAUCUCCCUGUCAAAAGGGAAAAAUAUAAAAGUCCAUUUUAGGAAGGCAGUACUGCUACUGCUCAGAGGGACUAGAAUUGCUAGUGUUUUAUUCUUAUUUUUUAAUUUCCCAGAAUUAGCAUAGAAGCAGUGCAAUUUGAAAGCCCAUUCUCAAAACAAUCAUCUCACUUUAGAAACCGUAGCUCACUGAUUUUAAAUUAUAAAAGAUAUCAGGGCACAAAUUUGUCAACCAUUUGCUUCAGGCUGUGUAGUUCAACCACAUUUCCUGGUUCUACACUUGACAAUUUCCCAAUCAAUUGUUAUAAAUAUAUAUAUAUAUAUAUAUAUAUAUAUAUAUAUAUAUAUAUAUAUAUAUAUAUAUAUACUUACACACACACACACAUAGCCUUUCACACCUAUCUACCUCAUAUCUUGUUCCUAACAAUUGUACUUUUAAUCAUUGACUGCUUCCCCUUUUUUCUCUCGAUCUUGAGUAUUAUCACUUAAGUGGAUGUGUUCCCUAGUUUGAUCAUCAGUCAAUGACAUGCUCCAGGUUAUGGUACGGUUAGCAAUAACAGUUUUCAGGGAAUUUAAGUCAGAAACCUGCCUCCCUUGAUUCAUGAAUUUCAUAUGAUGAUGUUGUGUUUGUUUGGGUUCUUUGUUCCAGUUCAAAUAUCUGAAUGACAGCGAAGCCCUGGAACAGCAAAAAGGGAAAUUAAUUUUCACAUGAAGGGAGAGUCUGGGAUAUGAGAAAGUGAUGAAAUGGUACCAUAGAAACAUCACACCAGAUCUUGUCAGCAAUGUAAUCCCUUGAUUUGAGCACUUGUAAUAUCUGUGACCACUGUUUGUGUUUUAUAUUGUAAAUCACUAAUAUAUAACUAAUGUCUCAUAUUUCAAUAUUUGUUUUUAUCAUUUUUUUGAGGGCUUCACUGGCGUGGAGGCAAUGCAGUGUCCAGGGCAGUUUUGUAUGUAGGAUUCCACUGUAGUACAGUGUAGGUUCAACAAAUGUAACACAAUUUAGGCAAAGGCAUAGAUGUGGAUAUUUGUCAAAUAAUUGCCUUUCUUGCCAAAAUGAAAGCAUAUUAAUGUGUCCAUGCAAUAAUUCUGUAAUUACUGUAACUACCUAAAACCGAGGCGCCUUGAUCUCCUGAACAUUGCAAUGUUUGGUUAUAUACUACUGUAAGGUUAUGGUUGUAUAAAGCACAAAAGCAACAGCAUUCGCCUAUAUGCCUUACACAGACAGUCAGGGUGUGUGCUAUUAGGUUAACAAAGUAGCUACAUCAGCCUCAGGGACUAGGCCUUUACCACAUCAUGCAAUCCAUUUCAAUUUGAUCCUGUAAUGUUUUUGUUCCUAUAUGAAUCAAU